AUAUAAUUCACAGUCGGAGUCAUUUUUCUACCCACCCUGUAACUAUAAAGGAUCUUCAGAUGGGUCACUGCCAAGAGAAGAUCCCUCGUAGUGCUGCCCAUCUGCUCUCAUAGAUUAGGAAUAAUCUGCAGAAAAUAAUAAAUAGAAUUUAGGCUUUUAUGGUCUGACUCCUUAACCUUCUGUUGGCUGCAAUAGUUACUGUUUCAUUGCGGAUAAACAAUUGGAAUGACAUCGUAACCGACUGGAAUCGCUGCUUGUAACAAUACGCAAACCUCCCUAUCAAAGAACAUUGGUGUGCUGGUGGCCCUCCUGCUGUUGGCUGGAGGGAAAACAUUAUACAGAGUAUCCAGUCUCUAAGCAAUUUAGAAGGGUUCUAAACUUUACCUACAAGCACCAUAGACUGUAUGUUUAUAUGGGGUGUCCUGUGCCAUGUUAGGGUGAAAAAGGGUGACCUACUGGAGACACUUACUUACCCCAUUAGGAGAUACUUAUCUUGUGCCCCAUGACUACUUCCCACAUGAGUGAUGCUUUAAUCUCUGCCUUGUGAGUGCAGAGGAGACAGGAGAAUGUAAAGGGUGUCUUCCCAAGCUCUGCCUCCCAGCACAGCAAAUGCUUUGCUCUGCCUGUGAGUGUAAAGAACAACACACAAGCUCUGACUCAACUGAAAAGAGCCUCGAAUUUAAGUGAAAGCUCCUCAGUCUGCUGGAGAACCUAAUGCCAUCUCCUCCUCCUGGCAUUAAUGUAGAACACUGCCCCUGCUGGAUCACAAUGUCCAAGAGAAGACGGGAGACCGGGGAGCACAAAUCCACAUUAGCUUCAUGCGUGGGGUACGCAGAACAUCAUGACACCACUUAGAAGGAAAAAGGGCUCAGCUGAAGAGCCUUUGGUGAUUCCGCGGCUCAGCUGCCUUGUGAGUGCAGAGCAGACAGGAGAAUGUAAAGGGUGCCCUCCCAAGCUCUGCCUCCCAGCGCAGCAAAUGAUUUGCUCUGCCUGUGUGUGUAAAGCACAGCACACAAGCUCUGACUCCACUGCAAAGAGCAGAUGCCUCGGAUUUAAGUGAAAGCCUCCCUGCCAAUGACAAUGGCUGGAGAUGAGAGUUGAGGUGCCGGUGACUUUGGAAAGAAAAGCUGGGCAACACUUUCUUAUGAGACCUACCAGCAUGGAGAUGCUGGAGAACGCAACGACCACCACCAACAGCUCCCUGUUCCCUUCGUCUGAGCCCCACUUGGUAAGGGGCGUGUGGCCCUAUUCUAUGACUUCUGUGUGGUGCCUGGUAGCAGUUGUGGGCUUUCUCAUUAUCUUUACCAUUGUGGGCAAUGUUUUUGUGGUGAUUGCAGUGUUGACUAGCAAAGCACUAAAAGCCCCUCAGAACCUGUUCUUGGUUUCUUUGGCCAGUGCGGAUAUCCUAGUGGCUGCCUUGGUGAUGCCCUUCUCCUUGGCUAAUGAACUCAUGGGAUAUUGGUAUUUUGGCAAUGUCUGGUGUGAUAUCUACCUAGCCUUGGAUGUUCUCUUCUGCACCUCCUCCAUAGUCCAUCUGUGUGCCAUCAGCCUGGACAGGUACUGGUCGGUGACCCAGGCUGUUGAGUACAACCUCAAAAGGACCCCUCGCCGGAUUAAGGGCUUUAUAGUCACUGUCUGGCUCAUAUCUGCGGUCAUCUCUUUCCCACCCUUAAUAUCAAUGGACAGGGACACUGAGGACCAUGUGUACCCCCAGUGCAAACUCAACGAUGACACCUGGUACAUCCUUUCUUCUUGCAUUGGCUCUUUCUUUGCCCCUUGUGUCAUCAUGAUCUUGGUCUACAUUCGCAUCUACCAAGUUGCCAAGCUGAGGACCAGGACUUUGUCAGAGAAGAAACCCACCAGGGAUUGUUAUUCUCACACGGAAAAUGGGUUCAACAAAGGGAUUUCUGUAAAAAUGCCAGGGGACAAGGAGAACGGGCACUGCCCAUCACGUCCCUCCCCUCCAAAAGCCACUGAUCUAGAGGAUCUGGAGCUAGAGGAGAGCAGCAUGUCUGAGAGCAAGCACAGGAAAAGCAGUAGCAAGGAGGACAACAGGGACUCCAGCAAGGAGAGAAAGUGCAGCAAGGGCAACUCCUUCUCCAAGCAGUCCAGUCGUCUGUCCCGCUCCAGCAACAAAUCCAUGGAGCUAUUCUCCUCCAGGAAGAAGAAGAAGAGGAGCAGCAUCUCCAAGAGAAAACUCACCCAAGCCAGGGAGAAGAGGUUCACAUUCGUCUUGGCUGUGGUCAUGGGGGUCUUUGUGGUCUGCUGGUUCCCUUUCUUUUUCUCUUACAGCCUGUACGGCAUCUGCAGGGAAGCCUGUGAGGUGCCAGAAACUUUGUUUAAGUUUUUCUUUUGGAUUGGCUACUGCAACAGCUCUCUGAACCCUGUCAUCUACACCAUCUUCAACCAGGACUUCAGGAGAUCCUUCAAGAAGAUAAUUUGCAUCAGCAGGAGGAAGACUUUUACACACUGAAAUAGAAAGGGUGAAAAAGGCUGAGCCAAAAGGUGGGCCAGACAGAGCUGCUUGCCCAGUGGCGUUGAUGUACCCCCUGAAGUUUGGAAGGAGGAGGGGUCCAAUGAUUAGUAGAUGGAAUAUCCAGACACUCAGGGUCCAUACCAUGCCCUUGCCCUUUGGCUUUACUGAUGGAGAUACAGACUAAACACAAUGUUGAAAUGCCCCCUCCCCCCCAAGAAGCCCUAUGAGCGGCAGCACUAUGCACAAAACUAUUGCGCGCGUUUCCCUGUCCCUGCGCUCACUGAAGGUUAAUAAGCUUGUUUUAGGGCUUCAUGUCAUUGCUCUCUCUCUGUUCAGCAUCGAUAAUUUCCUACUGAGAAAGCUUUUACAGUCUGGAAAAGGAAUCAAUUUAAUAAUAAACAGUGUUCUGUUUUGUUAAUAUG